AAAUUCCAAAAUAUUAACUCUGAAAAAAAAAAAAUCCAAAAUAUACUCUGAAAAUCUAAUCCGAGCUGAAUCCGUACGUCGACCCCAAGUCCAAAGCUCACAGGUGAUAUGACGAGAGGUUUCUAACAACCGGUCGCUCAGCUGACCGCCCUCACUCGGCCGCACCGCCACCGCCAGAUUCCUCAAAAACUCGAUUCCAAAUCCUCCGAAUCGCAGAUCUAAACCCACCGCAGAUCCGAAUCUCCCGCGCGCUGCAAUGGCGAAACUGAAACAGUAGCGACUGAAAGCAUAAAAGUCUCCGAGCUGAGCUGAACAGCUUGUGUGGAGCUCCAAUGGCGGCGGCGAUGAACUCCCUCAAAGGCAAGCUCCUUCUGCUCUGCUUUCUCUUCAUUUUGUCAUCUCCUUUCUCCGUUCCUAAGCUUUUCGUCCAAUCUAACGAAACCGAAACCGAAUCCGAAAUCGAGCUCAAUGCGCAACAGCAGGUAUUGCAGAGGCUCGAGGAAGUAGUGAAGAACCUAACCGAAAUAGUUGCGACAUUAGAAUUGAAAUUACAAUCGGAUCCUCCGAAAAAAGGGGCUCCGAUCGACGAGGGUUUGACGGCGGUUGAAGAAAAGGAAAGCCAGAAGCUGAUCAAGCAGGUUGAAGAAGAAGCUGGGUCUGGUUCCGAUCGUAAAAUUGGAGAAAGGGUGAGGUCAGUUUCGGUAACGAAAUACAGCCCGUUCUGGUCCGACCGGUUUCAGUUCGUUUCCGCCGUGAAAUUGGAUUCCCAGGCCACGUGUAUUCACGUCCUGCCGUUUCGGGAUUUCCAGGGGGUUACAAAAUAUGUUGCCGUCGGAGACGAGAGAGGUCGGGUUUAUGUGUUUCUCAGAAACGGCGACGUUUUGGUGGAGUUUGAUACGUUGCUGGGGUCUCCGAUCACGGCCAUGGCUUCCUUCAUGUCGGUUUACAAGAACGAGAGUUUCGUGGUCACCGGGCAUCAAAACGGUGUCAUUUUGAUGCAUAGGGUCUGGGAGGGAGCGAGUGGGGAAGAAUGGAGCUCGCUUUUGAUGGAAACCGUGACGAAAUUCGACGCGGGCGGAGAAGGAUUGCCGGUUAAGAUUUUGGAGGUGCACCAUGUUGGGAGGUUGAGUUAUGUGUUGGCCAGUGAUGCGAGUGGGAAGAUUUCGGUUUACCGAGGGAAUGGUUCAGUUCACGGCUCCACAAUGCCGUCAAGCAGGCCGCUUGCUUUCUUAAAGCAGCGGCUUUUGUUCUUGACGGAGACAGGUGCAGGGUCUUUGGACGUGAGGACCAUGAAAGUUAGGGAGAGUGAGUGUGAAGGGCUGAACCAUUCGCAUUCUCGUUACUAUGUUUUCGAUGCCACGGAGCGCUCUAAGGCGUACGGGCUUACAUCCGAAGGCGAUCUGAUUCAGAUUUUGUUGUUGGGGGAUGUAAUGAACUUCAAAUGCAGGGUUAGGUCCAAGAGAAAGUUUGAGAUUGAUGAGCCUUUGGCUUUUCAGGCUGUAAAGGGGUGUUUGCUUAUUGUUAACAGGGAGAAGGUGUUCGUAUAUAAUGUUUCGACUCAGCAUUACGUUAGGGUUGGCGCCCCUCGGAUUAUCUUCUCCGCUGGUCUCGAUGAGAUUAGAUCAUCGUUUCUCAAUUACCAGACGGUGAAUGGAGAGAAGAGGAACGUGAUACCUUUAAUCGCAAGUGAUCGGGAAAGGCUGCUUGUUCUUGGCCUUGGCGGAGGGUAUGUGGGAAUGUAUCGCUCUAACCUUCCGGAAUUUAAAGGCGAAUUUAACACAACGCUAUGGACCAGCCCUGUAUUUUUCUUUGUACUUUUCCUGUUUGGAGCGUGGCAAUUUUUCGCGAAGAAAAGGGAAGCGCUCACUUCAUGGGGAGGGGAUGAUGCUUUUAGUUCAACAUCCGGUACAACGGGAGCUCCAUUGAGGGGAAGCAGCGCCGUAGACAGGUCGUUCGUGGACUCUUCUUCGAGAAAUCCUGAUAUGAUGGAGCUUAGAGGUGGUGACCUAAGAGGACCGUCGAGGAGGUAUCCCUCUCCUCCGCCCAGGUAUACAGGCGGAGCAACCAGUUCGUUUAGGCCAGGCACGACGGAUCAUAACGCUAGACCGUUAUCUGUCGAUCCUAAUUUUAGAACAACUUCAGAGCUAAAAUUUAGAGGGUCUGGAUUAGAAUCUUCGGGUUUUCCGAAACGGAGGGAGAGUUUGUUUGUAAACAACCAAGUGAUGGAUGAUAGCAGCUGACCUCUGCGAUCAAUUUCAUCAACUUUUUUAUUUUUUUGAGUUCGUUUCUGUGAGAUUUAGUUGUUAGACCAUUUCAUUUGGCAAGUCAGGGCCAUUUGAAACGGCUUCAAAUCUUCUGUACCAAUUAUUUGUACUUGAAAAAUGCCUACCGUUAAUAUUUCACACAUGUCAAGGCACUUAACUUC